CAAUCACGUGUCCCACUCUGGGAGGGAAAGCCCGUCGUCAAAAUAAACUGCCACUUGUUCGACGUUUUCAGUUUAGCUGUUGGCGCACAUUUUCCACUCUUAUUGAUUUGAAUUUCUCCUUCUCCUUGACUCCUGCAUGAUAUUGGAUUUUUCUUUCACGGACAUUGGAAGCCUGAAUAUCUAUUGCAAUACAUGUUUACACCCUGUCCUUAUUACACAUCAUUAGCUGUACAGAAGACCACCUGAACCUGUGUGACAUGUGAAUAUCUCGCUAAAUAGACUCGACUUCAAGAUGAAACUGUGGUGGCGAGUCAUGUUGUGUUUGACGUUAUCAUGGAGGCUACAAGCAGCAGCUUCCCAAACCCAUGAAGUGGUGUGUCCUGGUACGCAGAAUGGACUGAGCUCCACAGGUUCUCAGGAGACCCAGUACAACCUGACUAAGGACCGUUACACUGGCUGUGAGAUCAUCAUGGGAAACCUGGAGAUCACUCAGAUUGAAAGUAACUGGGACUUCUCCUUCCUCAAGACAAUCCGUGAGGUGACUGGCUACGUCCUCAUUGCAAUGAACCACUUCCAGGAGAUUCCUCUUGGGCAACUACGAGUCAUCAGAGGAAACAGCCUCUAUGAAAGACGCUUUGCUCUAUCUGUCUUCUUCAACUACCCAAAGGAUGGCUCCAACGGCUUGCGACAGCUAGGGCUUGCAAAUCUGACAGAGAUUCUGGAGGGAGGAGUGCAGAUUAUCAACAACAAGUACCUGAGUUAUGGCCCCUGGAUUUUCUGGCAAGACAUCUUCGGAGACAACAGUGCUCCUAUUGACAUCAAUUACAAUGGAGAGAGAGGCCCGUGCCACAAAUCUUGUGGAGAUUACUGCUGGGGACCAAAUAAGGACCAGUGUCAGAUCUUGACUAAGAUGGUGUGCGCCCCGCAGUGUAAUGGCCGCUGUUUUGGGACGAGCCCGAGGGAUUGCUGUCACGUAGAGUGUGCAGCAGGAUGUAAAGGCCCUCUGGAUGUGGACUGCUUUGCAUGUCGUCAUUUCAACGACACUGGAGCCUGUGUGCCUCAGUGUCCCCAGACUUUGAUCUACAACAAGCAGACGUUUCAAAUGGAAACCAACCCAAAUGCUAAAUAUCAGUAUGGCUCCAUCUGUGUUUCCCAGUGUCCCACUCAUUUUGUGGUGGAUGGCAGCUCCUGUGUGAGCGUUUGUCCUCCUGACAAGAUGGAGGUGGAGCGAGAAGGCCAGAGGCAGUGUGAGCUCUGCAGUGGACUCUGCCCAAAAGUGUGUGAGGGUACGGGGGCUGAACACAGACAGACUGUGGACUCCAGUAACAUCGACAGCUUCAUCAACUGCACAAAGAUCCAGGGCAGCCUGCACUUCCUGGUCACAGGAAUACUUGGUGAUGACUUUAAGAACAUCCCACCCCUGGAUGCCAAAAAGCUUGAAGUUUUCUGCACUGUGAGAGAAAUUACAGAUAUUCUGAACAUCCAGUCAUGGCCCAAAGAAAUGAACGAUCUGUCUGUUUUUUCAAGUUUGACUACCAUUCAAGGAAGGUCACUUUACAAGCGUUUUUCUCUGAUGGUGAUGCGCAUCCCCACACUUACCUCACUGGGUCUGCGCUCUCUGCGAGAGAUCAGUGAUGGCAGUGUGUACAUCAGUCAGAAUGCCAACCUCUGUUACCAGCACACUGUCAAUUGGCCGCAGCUGUUCAGAGGCCGCAGAGUUCGAGAAAACAACCUCAACAACAACAGGCCACUGGAGGAGUGUGUCGCAGAAGGGCAUGUAUGUGACCCGCUGUGUUCAAACUCAGGCUGCUGGGGCCCGGGGCCUGACCAAUGUGUCUCCUGCAGGAACUACAGCCGAGAAGGCACAUGUGUGGGCAGCUGUAACUUUUUCACCGGAGCACCAAAGGAAUUCGCCCGAUCUGAUGGCGAAUGUGUGGCCUGUCAUCCCGAGUGUAAGCCUCAGAGAGGGAAGGCUAGCUGUGCUGGACCGGGCGCAGACCACUGUGAAUCCUGUGCCAACCUUCGAGACGGUCCUUACUGUAUGUCCUCUUGUCCCACUGGAGUGAAUGAUGGUCAGAGGGGGCUGAUCUUCAAAUACCCGAACAGGGAGGGGCACUGUGAACCGUGUCACCACAACUGCACACAGGGAUGCUCAGGUCCAGGACUGAAAGAUUGUUUAGAGGCGGCAAGACUGGCAGUUAGCAGUGGUCAGAUCACAGGCAUAGCUCUAGGUGUCCCUGCAGGUUUGAUUUUCUGUCUGGUGUUGUUCUUCUUGGGCCUGCUGUACCACCGAGGCCUGGCCAUCCGCCGCAAGAGAGCCAUGAGGAGGUACCUGGAGAGUGGAGAGAGCUUUGAGCCACUGGGUCCAGGAGAGAAAGGCACCAAGGUUCACGCUCGCAUCCUCAGGCCGUCAGAGCUGAAAAAAAUCAAAGCCCUUGGCUCAGGAGUUUUUGGCACUGUGAACAAGGGUUUCUGGACUCCAGAGGGGGAGACUGUGAAGAUCCCUGUGGCCAUAAAGACCAUCCAGGACAGCUCAGGCAGACAGACCUUCAAUGAAAUCACUGAUCAUAUGCUGGCCAUGGGCAGCCUGGACCACCCCUACAUUGUGAGGCUGCUAGGCAUUUGUCCAGGUCCCACUCUGCAACUAGUGACCCAGCUCAGCUCACAUGGCUCCUUAUUGGAGCACAUCAGGCAGAACAAGACCAGCCUGGACCCCCAGCGCCUCCUCAACUGGUGUGUGCAGAUCGCAAAAGGUAUGUACUACCUGGAAGAGCACUGCAUGGUGCACAGAAACCUUGCUGCUCGCAACAUCCUUCUGAAGAACGACUACCAGGUCCAGAUUUCUGACUAUGGUGUGGCAGACCUCCUCUAUCCCGACGACAAGAAAUAUGUCUACACUGACACCAAGACUCCAAUAAAAUGGAUGGCCCUUGAAAGCAUCUUGUUUAGAAGAUACACUCAUCAGAGUGACGUUUGGAGUUAUGGGGUGACAGUGUGGGAGAUGAUGUCAUUCGGGGCAGAGCCGUAUGCAUCUGUACAGCCACAGGAAGUGCCAAGUCUGCUGGAGAAGGGUGAACGACUGUCACAGCCUCACAUCUGCACCAUAGAUGUCUACAUGGUCAUGGUUAAAUGCUGGAUGAUUGAUGAAAACAUAAGGCCGACAUUUAAAGAGUUGGCAAGUGAUUUUACUCGCAUGGCAAGAGACCCACCCAGAUAUCUAGUCAUCAAGUCAGAAGGAGAAGAAAUGGCCUCAGGAGAGAUCCAUCGAAGAGAAUCAGAGCGUGGGCUUUUGGAGGCAGCUUUUGAAGACCAGGACGUGGAAGGACUGGAGGAUGGUUUGGCAACUCCUCCUCUCCAACACUCUCCAUCUUGGAGUCUGUCUCGCUCCCGGAUUAAUUCUUACAGGAGUGGCACAUCUCAGGCUGGACCAAUUGGAUAUCUGCCAAUGACCCCAAGCCCUGUCGACAGCAUCCGCCAGCUGUGGCUGCAAAGGUCUCGACUGAGUUCGGUGCGGACACUACCUGACAGGUCAGAGGUCAGGGGAAGCGGCAGGGAAGCAGAGCUGCGCGAGGAAAGCUUACGGAGUGGUGGGAGUCUUCACAGAGCCAGGUUUGGCUCUGAGAGGGGAAAUCCUCGAGUAUCUAUUAACCGCCACAGGAAACUUUCAACUGCAUCUAGUCCAUGCUCAUAUAAGGUCUGGAUGGCGGAGGAAGAGGAGGAGGUGGAUCACUAUGGCUACAUCCUUGCUGGGUCACCUGUAACUCCAGAGAGAGUUUGCAGAGCAUCUAAAUCUGGGCGACGAAACCCAAAACUCAAGAGUAAUCUGUCUCUCGUGGUGAUGAAUCCCUCUCAGGAGUAUGAAAUCAUGUGCAAAAUGUCUUGCUCCACUAGUGGUGUCUUAACACAACCCAAAGGCCCUGGUCGAUCUGUGGCACCUAGUCCUAAAUCCUCACCUUUACCCUCUCCAACUGUCAUGUAUCCAUCACCUGCAGAGGACACAGCACAUGUGGAAACUCUGGCUUCAGUCUCACCUUUGACGAAUAAACAAGAAGAGGAGGAUAGUGAGGGAAGUGUUGCAGAUCAAAGAGACUCCACAGAGGAAAAUCAGCCCUCUGAAGACUCUGAUAGUGGGUUCAGAGCUGUGUGUGACCAAGGAGAUGAAGCCCAAGGAAUAGGCAGGUAUGAAUACAUGGAUAUCAGGCGAUGCAAUUCUACAGAGGGAGAGGCUCAAGCAUGGGAGAAAAGUGGGAGUCAAACAUCUGAAGCAGGGACGGAGGAAACAGACCAAACAAAAGAGGUGUUGAAAAAAGAGCACAAGGAGGAAGAGGAAGCGCUGUACCACAACACAAAUAAACAACCUCUUCAGGGGGAUCUGAGUGGUACAGUCAUGCCCAAGCCAGAUGUGCUCACAGCUGGGGGAGAAGAGGUGGAGGAGUAUGAGGAGAUGAUGACCAGACUUGGAGUGGUGCCCAGUGGGUGGGAGCAAGCAGACUACCAGAACAUCCCAGUGAAGGGGAGGACUGUUACCGAGGAGGCAGGCAGCAGCAGGUGUGCUGGGAUUGGGGGAUACAUCAAGGUGUGUGCUGGAAUGGGGGAACCUGGCAGCAACUCAUCUUUUGACAACCCGGACUACUGGCACAGCAGACUGUUCAUCAAGCCAGAUGCUGUACGCACCUAAUAAUGUGGCCUGGGACAGAGACUACUUAUGUUCCAAUCAAUUAUUUUGGUGAUUCUGUAAUGAUUUUCAGCUUUUAUUUUCAGUUCCAGUGUCUAGUAAACUUCAGAAAUAAAGGUUAUUGAAGAAAAGUCAUCCUAUAGUUUUAUGCAGUAAAUACAUGCAAAUUGGUAUGGAAGAAACAAUAAACUUAAUUUUGUUGCAGGCAAAACAAGUAUUGUUUGGCUGUGAAAUUAUAUGGUAAGUAGUUCCUUCAGUUAAAACAGAUAUAUAAAUAUUACUUAUGCAACUAUUUUUAUGACAAUACUGUUUACUGUAUAGCCCACUUGUGCAUUUUCUAGUAUUCAGCUCAGGUGACCAUGCCCCACUUUUGUAGGCUUACCAUGAAAUGUUACACAAAUGAAUACAUAAAAAUAUUUUGCAAAUGUCUUUGUGUCAUUUAUUUGUGGAGAGCUGUCCCCAAAGAAAAUAUGACAAUGUGCCUUUCAAAUCAAAUAAUAAAAUACCGGUCGAAUUAAAAAAUAUUCUCUCAAUCGU